AUUUGCUGCUAACAUUGUGAAAAUGUUCACAGAGUCCUUUGCACUUUGCUGUGAGACGGUUAGCGAUGAAAGGGUUAAAGGGAGGUUUGAGGAGGGAAAGGCGGUAGAUUUGGGGGUGCCCCAAAAUAUUUUGGAGAGAGAGGAUGAGAGGGAAGAAUGUUUUAACCCUGAGGAGAAGAUUGUUUCUGAGGUUAUAGGGUAUGAGACAUCUCUGCAAAAUAGGAGUGGUUUGGCCCACUUGGUUGAAAACUAUGGGUUGCUUGGGCAUGUGUUGGUGAGGCCGACAAGGACGAGAGAGAGGGGUUGUUCAACCCCGGGGGACUAUUGGAUGCCCAUGUAUUCCCAUUACAUGACGACUAGACUAUGGUUCCCCAUCCCAGAAUUGUUGGUGUGGGUGUUGAUGGAGUGGGACAAGAUGGAUGCUGAGUUGGAGAACUUGAGCCAGUGGAAGGCAAAACGGGUGAAUCCCAAUGAGUAUAGUCUGACCCCGAGGGAGUUAGAGGAUGUGAAAACGCUAGAGAAGGGGGAUGAGGGCAUACUAGAUGUUAUGGAGUACAUGAGCCAGAGGAUGCUAGACGCGGUUCUGAUUAGUGUUUUAACCUUGUUUUAUUUUGCAGAAGAGAUGAACAAGUUCCUGGAAGCAACUGGUGGGAUUGGCAUUUGUAAAAAAGGAAAAGGGAAGAGGGCUGAGGUUGGGAGGCAAGGUGAGGUGAGCUCAGCAUCUCAACCUGAGGUCCAAACCCUAGUUGUUUCCCAACCUAACAAUGUUGGGGACGAGGUGACGAUAGCUAAGGAGGGACCUGUUGGGACUUCAACUACGACUGUUAAGGUCACAGCUGAACUUAAGGAGCAGGGAUAUAUCGGCUUGCAGACAACCAGCUUCUACGAUUCUAGGAUGAGGAGCAUAGGAAAAAAGUUCAUCAACGCUUACUUCCCAAAGGUGGAUCGCCAAUGCGCAAGAGACAAGGUGGCUGUUAAAGGUUCGGUAGGGGUGGUGCGUCAAGCCCUUAAGUUAAGGAAGGAGAAUGUCGAGCUCAUCAAGAAAAACGAGGAGGCUGAGCUUGAGGUGGCAAAGCUGAGAUCAGAGAUGGAGGAGCUUAGAAAGGAGAAUGCCACCUUGAAGAGAAACUCGGAGCUCUCACAUGAAAAAUGGAAGAUUUGGGAAGACGAGCUCAAGAAAAAGGAAAAAGAGUUGGACGAGGUGAUAAGGGCAGUAGCUGAGUUGGAGCUCAAAGUUCACAACUCUGUUGAAGAGCAUGUGGCAGAGUUUUUGAAGUCCAACACUUUUGAGGAUAUCAUCAAACUCUACCAGCUCCCAACAACAAUUGUAGCCUUCUCCGAUUGCCAGAAGAAGGUGAAGUUGCAGUAUCCUGACGUUGAUGUGAUGAAAAUCACAUUCAGAGAUCAGGAGGGAGAAGUGGAAGAAGAUGGGGAAAGUAGUACUGUUGACUUCUGUCCUGAGGUUAUGUUGAAGUGGGACAGGGACAACAGAGGUCGAACCUUUUUCCCUUCGAACUUCAUUCUUGAGUUCGUGCGAUGGAUGACGAAAGGAGCAAAGGUGCUUACAAACUGGAUCAACCUGUUGAAUAACUCUUCACUUCAUUCAUCUUUGUAAAAAUAAUUUGUUUGUAAACAAUUAAAGUUUAUGUAAUAAAUUCAAUUUAGUAUU